AUGCGGUCAUCUUCCGCCGCAUCAUCGACUAGAGCCCUUACCCCUGGGAAGUUGAAGCAGCCAGGCUCCACGAGAGGGCUGAAGAGUACGCACUCCGGCAGUGAAGAAGCCGUCCUGAGCGAUAAGUUGCUGCUGUUUUUACAGCAAAGUCGGGAACGGACAUCCCAUAAUCAUGCCGCGCGAAUUUCCCUGCUGGAAUCUCAGUACACACAAAGCCUCCACGGACUCUCAGGGGCCCGUGGUUCAUCUACCCUCUUCACCGAAGCUUCACUGAAUGCGCGAAAAGGUGGACGUCACGGCAGAGACCCUGCAGGAAUUGUUGACAAGGAGAUUGUUAUUGAGGUUGAUAUGAGUGAAAGUGAGGAUGAAGUAUCGUCGCAACCGAUAGAAACGAAUCAUAGGGCACAGCAGCGGGAACAUGCAGCAACGCAGUUUUCGUCGGUUCGCCUGACGGCAUCGUCCUGCAGGGUCACUGCCACCGCUGCUGCUACCGAUCUCUCACCUCAGAGUCUGUCCGAAUCGUAUGGUGUAUCUCCGGAGGUUCGUACACCCAUUUCCCCUUUUAUAGAAAAGAUGCAUUACCGCGAGGUUCUGUGCGCGCCUGAGCUGCCUCAGGGUCCUGAAAAGCGCAACAAGACUACAACCCACUACACGGCAACGGAAUUGUCUCUUGGGAGGGCACAGGCGGGGGUGCGUGCCAAUGUCGGGAGGGGUAUGGUGUCCUCACUCCCCCCGUGUGCUGCGGCACGUAACGAAGUUUCUGUUUCACUAGAGCGAGCCAUCAAUGAGGCAAGGGACAAGCACAACUGGAGUGAGUCAACGACGGCAAAUGUUAUGAGCCGUGGUACGACGACGGCCCCGCCCAUGCUACCCCGUACCAAUGCAGUGACAUCUAAAGUGGAUGACGAAGUGCAGCACUCCCCCCUCUUUCCGCACGAACCGGAGAUAGAGGAGUUUCUCGCGUGGGAAGCGGCAAAACCCGCUGAGCUACUCAAAUGCUUGCGUGCGGGCUUUAGCAACCACUGCCCCAUCGCAACCGCGUAUGCCGCCGUGCGCCCCGAGGUCCAUUGGCUCUCUCUGCUCUGCAACAGUGAAUCGGAUGUCAAGAGUGAAGCAAAGGGAUCGCCACUUCGACCGGACUCAGCUCCCUCGCGAUUCAUUGAGUGGAUCGCAUCUGACGUGGACUGCUAUGAGGGACUGCUACUGCAACGGGGGGCUGUAGCGCCAAUUGUUGCCAGAAGUGCGAAGUCAUAG